AUGCUUUACAAGUCUCGCACCUGGAUGGCUGAUGAGGUUACGCCGCUUUCUGGGACAACGCACAACUGGUUUGGUGGAUGGGGAGCCAACCUCGUCGAUAGCCUUGAUACCAUAUGGAUCAUGGGACUCCACGAGGAGUUCGAGGAAGCCGUGUCGGCAGUCGUCCAGAUCAAUUUUGAGACCAACUCUCUCAGCCAGAUCAAUACCUUUGAGACCAAUAUCCGAUACCUGGGUGGUCUGCUGGCGGCCUACGAUUUGAGUCGUGACAAACGCCUGCUAAAGAAAGUCAUCGAGGGUGGCGAAAUGCUCUACGCCGCGUUCGACACGCCUAAUUGCAUGUCCAUUACCCGGUGGGACUUUCAAAGAGCGGCUCGCGGUGAGGAACAGGUAGCGGCUGAGGGUGUACUGGUAGCAGAGAUCGGAUCCUUCACGCCGGAAUUCACCCGGCUCUCGCAAAUCACCGGCGACCCGAAGUGGUUUGAUGCGAUCCACCGCAUGAUGGAGAUUUUCUACCGCCAGCAGGACCUAACGAAACUGCCAGAAAUGUGGCCUGUGGACGUUAAAGCGCCAGAUUCAGUCUACGAGUACCUCCCUAAAAUGCAUGCGCUCAUCGGUGGUGUUCUUCCCAUGUACAAAAGCAGGUAUCGCGACGCGAUAGAUACUGCCAUUCGAUACAAUCUCUUCAGUCCAAUGACCCCUGACGAGGCUGAUAUCCUGGUUGCCGGCGCUGCGCGUAUUGUGCGCGAAGCCGAUCAGCCAAGCCGUGUCACUCUGGAGCCCAAGGGCUAG